UUUCCCUCAAAUCCAUUCCCCGCCCUUCUUCUCUCUAUCUCGCCGGUGAUCGCCGGAGCUAGUAUUUCUCCGGCGGAGUCCAUCGGAAUGGAGUAUCGCGGCGGCGUUGGCCGGGUCCUCGUCCUUUCCUUCUGCAUAGCCGGCAUCUGGUCCGCCUACAUCACCCAGGGCGUCCUCCAGGAAACAGUGUCCACGAAGAGAUUCGGGCCGGAUGGCAAGCGGUUCGAGCAUUUAGCUUUCCUGAAUCUCGCGCAGAACUUGGUUUGUUUCGUCUGGUCGUUGAUUAUGCUGAAGCUUUGGUCAAGGGGAUCGUCAUCGGGGGUAGCUCCGUGGUGGAGCUAUUGGAGCGCGAGCAUCACCAACACGAUUGGUCCCGCGAUGGGAAUCGAAGCUUUGAAGUAUAUUAGCUAUCCUGCUCAGGUUCUUGCGAAAUCAUCAAAAAUGAUUCCUGUUAUGCUGAUGGGUGCACUUGUUUAUGGUAUUAAAUACACCUUUUCUGAGUAUUUAUGCACUUUCCUGGUUGCGGGAGGAGUCUCAGUCUUUGCACUGUCAAAGACAAGCUCAAAAACCAUUAGCAAGCUUGCUCAUCCAAAUGCUCCCCUUGGUUACGGGCUGUGCUUCCUGAACUUGGCGUUUGAUGGUUUCACAAAUGCAACUCAGGAUUCUAUAUCAGCACGGUAUCCAAAGACAAGUGCCUGGGACAUAAUGCUGGGAAUGAACCUAUGGGGAACCAUCUACAACGUUCUCUUCAUGUUUGGUUGGCCUAAUGCAAGUGGUUAUGAGGCUGUGAGUUUCUGCAAAGAACAUCCAGAAGCAGCAUGGGACAUCCUCAUGUUCUGCCUGUGUGGUGCAGUUGGACAGAAUUUCAUAUUUUUGACCAUCAGCAGAUUUGGUUCCCUUGCAAACACUACCAUCACUACCACCAGAAAGUUCGUCAGCAUUGUGGUGUCCAGCCUUCUAAGUGGUAAUCCCCUCUCCUUUGUUCAGUGGGGUAGUGUGUUCAUGGUUUUCUCUGGUCUUUCAUAUCAAAUUCUUCUCAAGUGGAGGAAACUCAAGUCUUCUGAGCAGAAGAAGAAGAAAAAGGGUGUAUGAAAUGAAAGGCAGCUUAAUUUGUUCUAUCUUUUUUGUUGAAGCUCUUUAUUGCAAUGUAAUUCUAAUUAUUCCCCCCCUCCAUUUGUUUAAGAAACAAAGGAGAGUGGUCAGCUAUUCCGGCUUUCAUAUGUAGGUAAAUUUACUACAAUACUGAUUAGUGUAAUUGAAAUAUACUGUCUUACAACUCACAAGCAUUUGUUCAUAGCUUUGAGCUAUGAGCUUGUGAUGAGAGAAGAGAUUGUACCAGGGUAAACUCUUUUGGGAUAAAAUUAAUCACAUGCUCUGUGUUGUGGUGUUUUUUA